CGCUUGUAACUGAAGGAAACAAUCCAUUCAGUUUGACUCAGGACAUAUGGACAUUGUUGAAACUUUCACACAGGCAUCUGCGUGUGUGCUCACGGGUCCUAAUUAUCUUGGGUAAAUGUCUGUUUUCUUUUUUCCAGGAGGAAACUUCGAUAGAUUUUUGCUUUGAGUUUGCCUUGAAUUUCCAAUUAAACUGUGCUUGGUCUAGAGUACAGUACUCGUCUUCACUGAAAAGAUUUUCAAUCAUUUUGUGGGCCACAAGUCAUGUCUGGUAUAGCAUUAAGUCGUCUCGCACAAGAACGGAAGGCUUGGCGGAAAGACCAUCCUUUUGGUUUUGUAGCUGUACCAACAAAAAACCCUGAUGGAACUAUGAACCUGAUGAAUUGGGAGUGUGCCAUCCCUGGAAAAAAAGGGACACCGUGGGAGGGAGGCUUGUUCAAACUUCGGAUGCUGUUCAAGGACGACUACCCUUCCUCUCCACCAAAGUGUAAAUUUGAGCCUCCUUUAUUCCAUCCGAAUGUAUAUCCGUCUGGUACUGUAUGCUUGUCUAUAUUAGAGGAAGACAAAGACUGGAGGCCUGCCAUUACAAUCAAGCAGAUCUUGCUAGGAAUCCAAGAACUCCUUAAUGAACCAAAUAUUCAGGACCCCGCACAGGCCGAAGCAUACACAAUUUACUGCCAAAACAGAGUGGAGUAUGAAAAAAGGGUCAGAGCACAAGCCAAAAAGUUCUCGCCGUAAACCCCAAGAUUUCACACUGUAUUAGAAAUGGGUUUUGACCAGGUCUCCUCGCCCCUGUUACUCCCCCCUUACAAAUCAUAUCCACGUCAUACUAAUUUACUGCUGGGCUUAAAGAAAUGAAUGUCGUGCCAUUGUCAAUCCACUGAUGCUCGUCCUAACAAACUCUUCCUGGGGGUUUUAAAUUUGGCCUUUUGUAUAGUAGUCUUUUUGUUUGUUUGCGGUUUUUUUUGCCCAUUUGGGCAACAGAGAUGCUCGCACAAAGUUGUGAGUUGUGGAUUAUUUUUAUUUUUUUUGGUGGGUGGGGUUACUUGGUAACAGUGCUACAUAUUUGCAAAAAAAGGCACAAUAAACAUCAUCCACAUGCAGAAGAAAUGAUAUUCCACAGAUGCAGAGGUAUGAGCAUAAAACUGCUUUCGUUUUGCUUAAUCUUGGUUUUUGUUUUUUUCAGACUGGCCUCCUUAGUCUCUUUCAUGGUUUUAAUAAUUUAAACCUAGCUAUUAAUGUCAGUAUUUCAACUGCUGUAAAAUGAUACUUUUAUACUUUCUUUACUUUGGAUUAGCGUCUGUAGAGAGAUUUCCAUUCCUGAUGCAGGCAGUGUACUAAGCAUGUACCAUUCAGUAUGAUAGCGUUGUGCUGCCUCGGCCGUCUGUGUUUUGCAAAAGAGGAAAAAAAAAAAAGACUUAACGUAAAAGGCCUCUGAAUCAAAUGGUUAGUUAACCGCUGCAUCAGUCUCUUUGUGUUCAUAUGGUGUUUUGUUCAUGUAAGUGUAUAGAGUAAAUAAAAUGUUUAUACAAAGC